AUGGACGACCAUCGCACCAAAGUUGAUCUGUUGAAAUUGUUGGACGACAAUCAUUUGACCGUUGCGCAAGGGGUGUCCGACCGGAAAAACUUAUUGUUCGUCGUCGGCAAGUCGUCUGCCUUCAAGGAACUAGAAGAGUUCGCCAGUUGUAAUGCCGACAGGGCCAACGUGAAAAUCGACAUUGUCGAAAACAUGGGCCUUGCGACCGACGGACCAUUGUACAGCGCCAUUCUAUCGGGCUUCGGGUCAGAUGACAUUGUGUCGUGCGACUUCAUUUUAUUACCAACAUACACUAAGCUGCUGACUGCUGGCGGCACUCUGAUUGCGAAAACCGAAUUAGGGACCGAGGAUGCGCUGAUGAAGCGUAUGAAACUGUGCGGUUUCCUUAAUGUUGUCAAGAGUGAAUCUGUUCCAGGAGUGGUUGUCGGAAAUAUGCCCACGUACAAGGUUGGCUCUAGCGACAAAGUCACGUUGAAUUCAGAGACGAAAGAAAAUGUUGUUUCAGCGUGGAAGUUGGACGAUAAUAAUUCUGAAACAAUAUCUGAAGAUGAUUUAUUAGAAGCUGAUGACUUAAUAAAACCGGAUUCUUCCUCACUCAGAGUGUGCGCUACUACCAAAAAAGCUAAGGCUUGCAAAGACUGUAGUUGUGGAUUAGCAGAAGAACUUGAAGCCGCCAAUCGUCCCAAGGACGCACCCAAACCAGACACUUCCAAUGCCAAGUCAUCUUGUGGAAGUUGUUAUCUGGGCGAUGCAUUCCGCUGUGCGAGUUGUCCGUAUCUGGGUAUGCCAGCUUUCAGACCAGGCGAGAAGGUUCAACUCACCGGAAACUUGUUACAGGACGAUUUCUAA